GGCCCUUGCCAACAUACACCCUUCGCACUUCUUAUUGGAGGACGUUCUACAGUCACCGCCGAGCUCUACUCUCUAUUGGCUAAAAUUCCUCGGAAUGCCCCAGUUUCUACUCCAUUCCAAUUGGCCUAGCCGUCUCUCAAGAGUUUGUGGUUGGCUGUUGGUUCAUGUUAGUCCCGCCUAUCAAUUCUACUACGAGAUUCGACAGCCCGAGGAGGAGCUAACCGUGGGACCACGCCUCGGUAGUGAGUGCUAGUCACACCUCCAAAUUUCGUCUGUUCCGCCCCUCAUUCCUGGCUUCUCUGGAUCGGCUAUUACUAUUGGCUGGAGACCCUAUCGGUCGAUAGAAAGCGGGAGAUGAUUGGCUAGAGGGUGGGUCCUGCUUCCCGGCGGGGUCUUGCGGAGUUGGCUGAGGCUCCUCCAGGGACUGGGGGGUAGAGCUGCGUAGAAGCGGGUGGCUAGGAAGAGAGGGGAGGAGAGCUCUGAGUGGGAAGCGGAGUCGGGGGCCUGGGACCUAUCUCGUCAGAGCCAGGCAAGUGAACCAGAGCAAACGACUUCCGAUCCAGUUCGCACUGCUGCGGCUCCCGUUUGGGAUUUGAUUUCGCAGUAUCUUCGAGCUUGUGCGACAAAAAACCACGAAGCACGCCCAGCCCUCCCCGGCACCCAGAUACAGACCCACUCCCUCCCGCGGACACAGCUGGGCGCGUCCACACCCCCGCACCCCCCACACCAUGUUGUGCGGAAGGACUUCCACUCCCCUCCUGUGUCGUUGAUGUCAGACCCCAGGCCAGCCUCUGGGCGCUGCAGUUCUCCUGGCUAAGGCUGAGGCUGAGGCUCCGGCUCCGGCUCCAGCUCUAGCACAGAAUCCAGCUGCCGCCGCACCGGCCCCAGCGCCCACCGUCUGCAUGUGCCCGUCCUAGCCGCCUGCCCAAGCCGCAGCCCUCGCUCCCCGGAGCGCUGGAGACCACCGCGGGGGGGCCCCUUCUGCUCUUGGGAGAAGCGGUCUUGGAGGUAUUGAUUUCUGUGGUUGGAUUUUUCCCGUGGAUCUAUCAAUUCACAUUUCGAAUUUAGAAGAAAAAAGGAAAACAUGACGUCUCCAGCUAAAUUCAAAAAGGAUAAGGAGAUCAUAGCAGAAUACGAUACUCAGGUCAAAGAGAUCCGGGCUCAGCUCACAGAGCAGAUGAAAUGCCUGGACCAGCAAUGUGAACUCCGAGUGCAGCUGUUGCAGGACCUGCAGGACUUCUUCCGGAAAAAGGCCGAGAUUGAGAUGGACUACUCUCGAAACCUGGAGAAGCUGGCUGAGCGCUUCCUGGCCAAGACGCGCAGUACCAAGGACCAGCAAUUCAAGAAAGAUCAGAAUGUUCUCUCUCCAGUCAACUGUUGGAAUCUCCUCUUAAACCAGGUGAAACGGGAGAGCAGGGACCACACUACUCUGAGUGAUAUCUACCUGAAUAAUAUAAUUCCUCGAUUUGUCCAAGUCAGCGAGGACUCAGGAAGGCUCUUUAAAAAGAGUAAAGAAGUCGGCCAGCAGCUCCAAGAUGACUUGAUGAAGGUCCUGAAUGAGCUCUACUCGGUCAUGAAGACAUAUCACAUGUACAAUGCCGACAGCAUCAGUGCUCAAAGCAAGCUAAAGGAAGCAGAGAAACAGGAGGAGAAGCAGAUUGGUAAAUCAGUGAAGCAGGAGGACCGGCAAACCCCGCGCUCCCCUGACUCCACAGCCAAUGUCCGCAUUGAGGAGAAACACGUCCGACGGAGCUCAGUGAAGAAGAUUGAGAAGAUGAAGGAGAAGCGCCAAGCCAAGUACACAGAGAAUAAGCUGAAGGCCAUUAAAGCCCGGAAUGAGUACUUGCUGGCUUUGGAGGCAACCAAUGCAUCUGUCUUCAAGUACUACAUCCACGACCUGUCUGACCUGAUUGAUCAGUGCUGUGACCUAGGCUACCAUGCUAGCCUGAACCGGGCCCUGCGCACCUUCCUGUCUGCUGAGUUAAAUCUGGAGCAGUCAAAGCAUGAGGGUCUGGAUGCCAUCGAGAACGCAGUAGAAAACUUGGAUGCCACCAGUGACAAGCAGCGCCUCAUGGAAAUGUACAACAACGUCUUCUGCCCUCCAAUGAAGUUUGAGUUCCAGCCCCACAUGGGGGACAUGGCUUCCCAGCUCUGUGCCCAGCAACCUGUCCAGAGCGAGCUGGUGCAGAGAUGCCAACAACUCCAGUCCCGCUUAUCCACUCUGAAGAUUGAGAAUGAAGAGGUAAAGAAGACAAUGGAGGCUACCCUACAGACCAUCCAGGACAUUGUGACUGUUGAAGAUUUUGAUGUGUCUGACUGCUUCCAGUAUAGCAAUUCCAUGGAAUCUGUCAAGUCGACUGUCUCAGAAACUUUCAUGAGCAAGCCCAGCAUUGCCAAGAGGAGAGCCAACCAGCAAGAGACAGAGCAGUUUUACUUCACGAAAAUGAAGGAGUACCUGGAGGGCAGGAACCUCAUAACCAAGUUGCAAGCCAAGCAUGACCUUUUGCAGAAAACCCUGGGAGAAAGUCAGCGGACAGAUUGCAGUCUGGCCAGGCGUAGCUCAACCGUGAGGAAACAGGACUCCAGCCAAGCAAUUCCUCUGGUGGUGGAAAGCUGCAUCCGGUUUAUCAGCAGACAUGGACUACAGCAUGAAGGAAUUUUCCGGGUGUCUGGAUCCCAGGUUGAAGUGAAUGACAUCAAAAAUGCCUUUGAGAGAGGAGAAGACCCCCUGGCUGGGGACCAGAAUGACCAUGACAUGGAUUCCAUAGCAGGCGUCCUGAAGCUUUACUUCCGUGGCCUGGAACACCCCCUGUUCCCCAAGGACAUCUUCCACGACCUGAUGGCUUGCGUCACAAUGGACAACCUGCAGGAGAGAGCUCUGCACAUCCGGAAAGUCCUCCUUGCCCUACCCAAAACCACUCUGAUAAUCAUGAGAUACCUCUUCGCCUUCCUCAAUCAUUUAUCACAGUUCAGUGAAGAGAACAUGAUGGACCCCUACAACCUCGCCAUCUGCUUUGGGCCCUCGCUGAUGUCAGUGCCGGAGGGCCAUGACCAGGUGUCCUGCCAAGCCCACGUGAACGAGCUGAUCAAAACCAUCAUCAUCCAGCACGAGAACAUCUUCCCCAACCCCAGGGAGCUGGAGGGCCCCGUCUACAGCAGAGGAGGAAGCAUGGAGGAUUACUGUGAUAGCCCUCAUGGAGAGACUACCUCAGCUGAAGACUCCACCCAGGAUGUGACCACAGAGCACCACACAAGUGAUGAUGAGUGCGAGCCCAUAGAGGCCAUUGCCAAGUUUGACUACGUGGGCCGCACAGCCCGAGAGCUGUCCUUCAAGAAAGGGGCAUCACUGCUGCUUUACCAGAGGGCUUCUGACGACUGGUGGGAAGGCCGGCACAAUGGCAUCGAUGGGCUCAUCCCCCAUCAGUACAUCGUGGUCCAAGACACCGAGGACGGUGUCACGGAGAGGUCCAGCCCCAAGUCUGAGAUUGAGGUCAUUUCUGAACCACCUGAAGAAAAGGUGACACCCAGAGCGGGGGCCAGCUGUCCCAGUGGGGGUCACGUAGCUGACAUUUAUCUUGCAAACAUCAACAACAACUUAUAUGUUGAGAGCUCAGUGCCCAGGAUUUACAAGCAAAGGAAGCGUCCAGAACCUGGGAGCAUCCGAAAGACAUUUCGAAGUGACAGCCAUGGGCUGAGCAGUUCCCUGAGUGAUUCCUCCUCUUCAGGAGCAGGGGCUAGCUGCCGCCCAUCCUCCCAGCCCAUCAUGAGCCAGAGUCUCCCCAAGGAAGGGGCAGAUAAGUGCUCCAUCAGCGGGCAUGGGAGCCUCAACUCCAUCAGCCGCCACUCCUCCCUGAAGAACCGGCUAGACAGUCCGCAAAUCCGGAAGACUGCCACAGCAGGCAGGUCCAAAAGCUUCAAUAACCACAGGCCCAUGGACCCCGAGGUCAUUGCACAGGAUAUUGAGGCAACAAUGAACUCUGCCCUGAAUGAGCUACGGGAGCUGGAGCGGCAGAGCAGUGUCAAGCACACCCCUGAUGUGGUUCUGGACACCUUGGAGCCCCUCAAAACCUCACCAGUGGUGGCUCCCACCUCAGAGCCCUCCAGCCCCCUGCAUACCCAGCUCCUCAAGGACCCUGAACCCACCUUCCAGCGCAGUGCCAGUACCGCGGGGGACAUGGCCUGUGCCUUCCGGCCUGUCAAGUCUGUCAAGAUGGCUGCCCCAGUCAAACCCCCAGCCACACGACCCAAACCCACUGUCUUCCCCAAAACGAAUGCCACUAGCCCUGGUGUCAGUUCGUCAGCUUCCCCACAGUCCACUGACAAGUCCUGUACUGUCUGAGGGGUAUAAGUUAAUUGUUCUAGAGAAGGGGACUGUAGGGACUGACUGUUAUUAAAAUCUUCCUAUUUAACUAGCUUGGGGACUUCAGUUGAAAAUUAGAUUCUAAGUUGUUAUUGCAGAAUUAGCCUCCCCAUCACCCAAAACCUUGAGAACGAAGCCCUUGCUGUUGCCUUUCCCGUCCCUUCCCACUGCCCUCUACUUCCCCUGGUCGCUGCAGUCCAGCCAACUGCAGUAAUGCUGUUCUUAGGGUAGCCAGAGACAGAGUUUUCAUUAACAGGUCACUGUGAAAUCUGCAAAGGCAAUCAUGAAGACAUGGACUCAAGUGUGUCCCCUCUGACCACAGGGGAUGCCUUGCCACAUGGUUGGCUUCUGCAUCCAGCUUUCAGUGGCAUCUGGCUUUUGCUAGACCUGACUACAGAAUCACAUAUAAUCCACCUUUGUUUUACACACACAACACACAUACAGUGUGCGCACCGGUGUGUGCUUUCUUUGUCUCUGGCAUGUGUAGCCUCCUGGUCUUGAAACAGCCUCUUUGUAAAUUAUUGUGGCAAUUCAUCCAGGUGCCACCAGGGGUCUCUUUCCGUUACAAACUGUUCUGUGUGGGCCAGAGAAGCUACCUAGCCUUUGGAAUCUCUCCCUCCUCUGACCCGUGGCAGGAUGGGGCAAUCCUAUAGUCCGUGAGGGGCUGCGGAGCCUUCCCUGUCUUCCUUCUAUUGCUGUGAGUUGGUCACUGGUGUUUGCUUUUGCUCUCCAACCUGUAGAAAUACAACCUGAUGUUAUUAAGGAGCUCUUCAAGUUUUUCUGAAUGUAUAGACAUUUCUCUCAUUCCUAUCUUUGUCUCCAGUGGACCAUUUUCCAUUUAAGACAUUUUCCUAUAUAAGACAGUUUUGUAGCUGGUUCCCUUUAGAGUAAAGAGUCUUAUUAAAGUUUCAUUGUGUUCAUGGCAGGUUUGAAAAAGGUAAGAAAUGGGUCCUUUCUCUUCCCAUUUUUUUGGUCACUUGAAACGUAAAAUUCACUACCCUAUUAAACAGUUAAAAUUCCACUUUGCAAAUAUAAAAAUUGUUGCCAAAUGAAAAAUUAAGUUCAUCCCUUGGUUUGGUUAUUUUUAUAUAAAGUCUCUUUCCAGGGAGCAAAAGGGACUUAGUCAUAGUUAGAGACAUUGCCCCUUAAAAUCAGUUUUCUUAUAUCUAAACAAGGACAGCUAAGGGAGCCUGGCCUCAGAGGUUCUAGUCUUCCCAAGGACAGAUCUAAAAAGCAUUAGAUGCUGUACAGUUCAGCCUUCCUCCAGCCAUUUUCCUGGUUUCCUUCCAAAAUGCAGAAACAGCACCCUUUGCAUGCGCCAGCCCAGGUUCCAAGCCUGGCCCCGCUAUCCUGGCACCAGGUUGCCACGGGGACACAAGGGUGGUGACAGCCACAUGUCAGGCUUACAGAUCCCAGACACCUAGGUGAGUAAAAGCUGAAAUUCAUUCCUCUUCUGGUUUGAAAACCACACUUUUGUUCAAGUCUUUGUUUUCCAUAGUUUAGGAGAGAUGAUAGGUUGCCAUUCUGGUGGGAAAAUCUGAGUAUUCUUUGACCUAGAAGAGAUCUUGUUGGGACCAAUCUGUGAAGUUGGUAGUUAGACUCAUGGAAAGAUUAGGAUGUUUCUCAUUCUGUGUGGGGAGGAGGAAGAAGAGGAGGAGCCAGAGGAGCCUGGGGCCUCCCUAGUGAGAAGGGCAACCUGCCACAUCAGAAACCACUUGAGGAGCUAGGAUGAACCAGGCUUCCUUCAGUACAGUGAGUCACCCCGGAAGAGCUAACUCAUGGUUCUUAGGAUCUUUGGUUUUUGUUGCUCCAAUUAGUGGCCUGUUCUUAUUUUGACCUGGGCUUCUCUAGGUCCUAAGCCAAGGGUGAUGGAGGGGGCUUUCAAAAACAAGGAUCUGCUUCCUAGUUGAAAGCAAAACCCCACUUUAUGCUCUACAUUCCUGCUAAUCCAGCUGAUCAAAACUUGUUCCCACACUGUUCUUUGCCCCCUCUCCAGUACUUCCUCUUCUGAGGAAGUAAAAGUGAAACUUUCUUAAAGACAAUGCCGAGGGCCUGUCCUGUUGCUCUUGCCUUAUUUCCCUUUCAGCCCUGCACAUGACUUGUGUUUGCCAUCCCCUUGGUCAGUGUCCCCCUGCUGAUUUCUGUCAUAACCUGCACCGCGUGUGAGUGGUCACCUAUGACCCCCAGCUCUGGGAGCCGGGCUGUCAUCCUCAUCCCUGGUGCUCCUGACACCUUCAAGAUGUCCCAGUCCAGAGGACUGGGAACUGACAGGAGAGUCCUACUCGGCGGAGCUCGCUGCAGUCAACUGGAAUUGAGGCUGCACACUGUGAUUUUACACCGAAAAGCCGAAAGGAGCUGGUCACCUCACCCAGGGCUUGGGGAGAUCAGUCUUCAGACAUACUUGCCAAAACCAGCAUGAUGCUCCCAGGAGUCCCGCUCUGCCCACUGUGGAUCUUCUUCCCAAGGUGGACUCAAGGGUCAGUCUUUGGAAGAGGGGUCGGGAGGGGUCCCAGCAUCCCAAUUUGGAAAACAGGAGUUUGCAGCCAGCAGCCUGGAAACUGGAAACCCUGAUCUCAGCCAACCUCCUCAGGGCACCCUGGUUUCUCCCCAAGGCAGGAGCACUGGCACCAGCAUCAGAAGGAGCAGACCUCGGGGAGGGCUGGUGUCCAUGGACUCAACCUUCAGAAGAGAAGUUAGAUCUUCCAGGGAAUUGCAAUGUGGUGGCGUCUGACUUGUAUGUCACGUUUGUGUAAAAUGGUAUAUUCUUUAAAUAGUGUUGAUAACUGGAAUAUUGUAUGUAUGCUUGGAGAUGCUUUGUGUGAACCUAAGACUGUCACUCAACAAAUGUUGGAUUGGGGAAAAUCCAAAGCACAACUUCAAAAUAAAAUACAUUUUUAGGUUUC